AUGACGGAUAUGGCGUACCAAGAACACAUAGCCCAGUCGCAACACCAGCGCAAUGACAAACUGUCGCACUCAAACAAGUUGCCAAAUCUUUCUCUACAGCCAGUAUCCGAUGUGCGGCCACAGUCAAAAUCUUACGACGACAAUGGAAAUGCGAAAUCUCCCCAGAAGAGCCCCGUUAGAGGAAAUAGCCAAUGGAGCGACCAACGGGAUCAGGACACAAUGCCCCUAACAUCUCCUACUCUAUCACUCCGAGAGUUUCCUUUGACCAAUAUAGAUAAUCCAAAUGACAUCGCCCAGGAGCUAAGUAAUUUACAAGCACUGAGGCGUUUAUCUAUGGAUGUGGGCAACAGUAUUGAUCCAGAUAUGCCUCCAAUGUCCCUGGCAACCAUGCCAGCUGCUGCACCCCGUGGAGACGACGACGAGAACGACCCCUCGAGAUUACUUUGGGUGCCUGCUAGAGUACACCCAGAGCUAGCGCCUACCGAGUUCAAGACAUUCUUGGCAAGUCGCCUUCAAUCAAUACGGAGGAGAUCGGGAGAUUCCUUUCUUUCUGUCUCGGAUGAAAAAUACGGCGGUGGUUCUGAUUCUAUGGGCUCAUCAUCAUUAAGAAGAAAGAAGUCUAUGCUUUCACGUCAACUUGACAACCUUGAGGAUCGAACAUUUGAAGGAUCCGCAGACGGCACAGACAAAUCAGAGAAGCAUGAUUUCAUGGAUAGCCAGCAAGAUCGGGAACUGAGUCUAGACGAGCUGGUAAAAGACCCUUCAAAGGCAGUUCAAAGACUUGCUCAAGAGUCCCAUAGCUAUUCAGGCAGCUUAGAAACUGGGAUGGAUGACAUGCCUAUCCUCCCUGCUGCACCCAGUAGCGGAUUACGGAGAUCAACUCGCACGACAUAUCGAAAGGGGGGCACUUUGCGAUUUGGAGACAAAGGGUCCUUUUCCAAGCGAAUGGCACAACGUCAACAGAGCGGCGAGAGUUCAGAAGCCCCUUUUAUAUCAACUGAAGAUAUCCCUCGGGAACAUCCGUUAGUUAGAGUGCAGUCAGAGUCUUCACAUGAGAACUUCUCAAGACCUACUCGCCCAGAUCGAAGACACGAGAGAUAUUCGGAAGAUCGAGAUGUGGUAUCAGCAGAUAUCGACAAUUCACCAGCAUCGACACGCCACUCCGAGUUCUCCGCCCGAGGAUCUUCAGCCCAGCUCAACUCAUCUGCUAAUGGAAUUCCAGCGCAAGAUAGACCAGCCGCCUCUCAAGAUAACCGGCAUCCAGAGAAGUUUCCACAGCGAUCUUCUUCCCAGAUUAUUCCAGCGACAACAGAAUCCGGGCUAGAAUCUACGUCAGAGACUAUGGAAGAAUUUUCACAAGGCAGUUUGGGCUACCAUACUCCGCUCGGCCAUACUGGGUCUGUUAGCAAUAACAAUCCACCCGGACCUGCGAAACCUUCUAUUCCUACCAUAAUACAGACCAGCAGCGCCGGUGCUAACUCAGCUCCGUCAAGUAUUUCAAAUGGUAACACUACUCAUACCGAAACGCCAAAUGCUACUCCUGCGCCCUCAAAGGAUGACAAAAAAUCUGAUAAGAAGUCUAGAAAAGACAAAGACAAAGACAAAGACAAAGACGAAGACUCUCACAAUUCCACGAGAUCUGGAGGCGCUUGGAAGUGGUUCAAGGGUGUGGCGGAUGAUAGGGACAAAAAGAAGGAAGAAAGCAGGAAAUCCAGGCAUAAAUCCUUAUCUGAAAAAGCUCAGGACAAUGUGCGACUGGAUGUGAUUCAGACUUCAAUUGAGAAGAACACGACCAAGGGCCGUGAAAGCCUAGUUCUUGACCGAGAAAAUACCGACAAUAAAGUUUCAGACGAGAAAAGGAAAGAAAGCAAUCGAAAGAGCGAUUCAAAGAAAGAAAAAGAUGGAAGUUUAUUCUCUUCAAUUUUCGGCGGAGGCAAGAAGCGAGAAGAGAAGGAAAAGAAUAAAAAGUACCAGCAAUUACUGCAUGUCCCCGAGGACAUGGUGCCUUACAAGCCUCUGCAACCAGAUAUUGACUACAAUUGGAGUCGCUUCCCUCUUUUGGAAGAGCGCGCAAUCUAUCGAAUGGCACAUAUCAAACUGGCUAACCCUCGCCGAUCCCUCCACAGCCAAGUGUUGCUGAGUAACUUCAUGUACAGUUAUUUGGCAAUUGUUCAAGCCAUGCACCCCCAAAUGAAUGUCCCGAUCUCACCUCAACAAAAGCGAUUAGAAGAGGAGGCACGCCGUAAACGUGAGGAGCAAGAACACUUAGCUCAGCGUGAUGCACAAGAUGAGCAAGAUGAGCAUCAGAGUCUUGAUCAUUAUGAUUUUGAUUAUCAUCGCAUGGCGGUACAAUACGCAGAUGCCAAUUCCGACAGACAGGUGGAGUAUGUGGAUGAUGCUCAAAUAUAUGAGGAUGAUCACACGAGUAAUAACCAGGAGAGCUACGGUGAUGAUGAUGAUGCAGGCGGUUACAGCCAAGAAAUGAAAGACUACUAUCAGAAUCACAUUGACGCGUCAGAUCGCCAUAGUGGCCAAGAUGGUAUAUGGUGA